AUGUUGGGAUGGUCUGGGACGCGCUUCGCAGCCGCCCUGCAUCUUCGGAGCGUUUGUUCACCGCGCUCCGCUGCAGCGCAAGGUUCUCACGCACGCGCACCGCGCGCCUUGUCCUCCAGCUCUUCGUUCGUGGCUCUCUUUGGUUCCGCUCGAGGGUUCAGCGGCACAGCUCGUCGUUUCAGCGGCACCUUCCACUACCGAAAGGUGCGCCUCACGCCCGAGGACGCGCUCGAUCCCCUUACGAAGCCAACCAACAUCGACAAAGCAGCCUUGCACGUCGUCUCGGUGCCCAUCGGAAACUUGAAGGACUUCUCCUUGCGGGCCCUCGAUGUGCUGCGCGGCGUCGACUACAUCAUCACCACCGAUCGCCCUGCUACCAAGACUCUCCUGGAUCUCGUUAACAUCCCCAACCAAGGUCGUCUCAUUCACUAUAGCCGUGGAAAUCGCAGCACCUCGCGCGAAAAGCUGGUGGAGUUGCUAAAGGGCGGGCGCAGCAUGGCACUGGUCACUACGAGCGGCACCCCGUGCAUUGGUGACGUUGGCGGGGAGCUGGUGCAAGAGCUACAGAAGAGCGGCAUUCGCGUCACAGCCGUGCCAGGGGCGUCAGCCCUGAUGAGCGCGCUGGCGAUAUCUGGUUUGACGACUUCUGCUUACGAAUCGGCGAAGAACGACAAGAGAGGCGCCGACGCAGCCGCCGACGGCGAAGCCGGCCUCUCCCCUCAGACCUUUGAGGACGGCUCUUUUUUUUUUGGAAACGUGCUACCCAAGUCUCACGGGGCUCGACUCCGGAUUCUCCGCACUAUCGUUGCCCCUGCCACAUUCCCGUGCGUCUUCUACGAAGUUCCGUACCGGCUGGUGAUGGUGCUGCAGGACAUCGCAUCUGUGCUGCCACAUCGGUUCGUCUACGUCACGCAUGAGCUGACGAAGCUGAACGAAUCCUUGCACGCUGACACAGCGGAACGACUCGUCGGCUUCUACCUCCGUCAAGAAGCACAGAUGCUGGUGAAGAAGGGGCAACUUGUGCUGGUGAUUGCCGGUGCGGGACCGAAAGAGACGGCGGCGUGGCUGGAGAAGGAGGCGGCGAAGCGGCGGCGUUUGCGCCGCACAGUCAGCGAUCUUAUGAAGGAUGCCCCGCCUGCGGCAUCGUCGCACCUGGAAUCAGCGCCGGGCACUGGAGGGACAACUGCAGCGGCGUCAUCGUCAAGAGAGUCGAGCGUGACUACAGCCAAGGAGGAGCGGCGGCAGCGUAGGAAGCAGCGAGCUGAGCUGCGGCGCUUGCGGCAGAGGAAGAAGCGCGAGCGCCUUAUUCGGGCGAUCGAAUCCGAGCAGGAGAGACUGCGAGUCAUCCUUUCCAUUAAUCGAAACGACGCUAGCCGGCUAAUGUGA